GAAAGUUCUUUAACAACCGUGGGAAACUCAGAUACUGCUCCUCAACUUAAUAUUCGUUUCUUUAGUUCAUUUCGAUCUGCUUGACUUUCCUUCAGAGAGCUGAGAGUCAGCCAUGUCGGAAGCUGUGUUUACGAAAGACCGCCAUGUCACAUUCUUCCUUCGAUGCCUCAAGACAUUCUUACCGGGUUUAUAUACAUCAAAUGACUCCAAUCGCAUGCUCCUCGCCUUCUUUAUCGUCGCAGGACUUGACCUCCUUGGCGCAUUAGAGAGCAAAACAACACCCGAGGAAAGACAAGGUUAUAUCGAGUGGAUAUACCAGUGUCAGGUACCCUCAGGCGGCUUUCGAGGGUUUACUGGGACAGAUUUUGGUACAGAGCUACGGACGCCGGAGAACGAAGCAUGGGACCCUGCAAAUGUGCCCUCGACCUUUUUUGCGCUAGUUAUACUCCUUAUCUUGGGUGAUGAUCUGUCGAGGGUGAAGCGGACGGAGUGUCUGAAAUGGCUUCGUAAGAUGCAGCGACCAAAUGGAAGUUUUGGUGAGGUUCUUGGCCCUGAUGAAAGCGUUGAAGGUGGCGGCGAUUUGCGGUUCUGUUGUUUUGCUGCCGGUACUCGGUAUAUUCUGAGAGGAAGACGAGAUACCGGCCUUGAUGGUAUUGAAGAUAUAGACGUGGGGAAGCUCGUGGCUUUCAUUGUGUCCUGUCAGGUGCGAUUUUAUAACCCCCUCUACGUCAUCUUUACUGAGUCUGUGCAGGCAUAUGAUGGUGGAAUGGCGGAGGGUCCGUAUUGUGAAGCACACUCCGGCCAUACAUAUUGUGCCGUAAACACCCUGACGUUCUUAAACCGUGUAUCAGACGACUCAUGGCGAGUACCGCUCGUCUCGCCCGGUUCUCACCAGUUCGAAUCACUUGUCCGCUGGCUGGUAUCGAGACAAACAAAUGAAUUGGGAGAUGAAGACGAAGACGAAGACGAAGACGAAGACGAUGAAAAGGAGGAGGAUGAUGUUGAUGACUCGAACAGCCCAACAAAUGUUGUUCAGGGUCUAUCGGAGGCGGUAAAUGAACUUGAUCUGAACAACAGCAUUGACGCGCUUCCCAUUAUUCUGCCACCGGGGGAAGAAUCUUUACAAUGGGCUGGCUUUAAUGGACGGUGCAAUAAGUAUGCGGAUACCUGUUAUUCAUUCUGGAAUGCAGCAACGCUGGAUAUGCUAGGCAGACUGUCGAUGGUUGAUGCAGAGCGGAACAGGCGAUACUUGCUGCAGAAGACGCAGCAUCUUGUUGGCGGUUUUGGGAAAAGCGUGGGAGAGCUACCAGACCUACUACACUCUUAUUUUGGAAUGGUCUCACUCGCUUUCCAAGGUGAACAGGGGCUUGACAGUGUCGAUUCUGCGCUUUGUGCUACCCACCGGACAGUACGGCGUUUACACAGUCUGCCUUGGUGGCAGGAGAACGAAUGA